GCCCAAACCAAAACCUCCAUUUCUUUUGUACUUUCGGUGGCACGGCACCCAUGUGGCCAAGCACAUGAUUUUGAUUCUUAACCAAAAACUAUCACAUAUUACCGAACAAUUACUUUUGCAACUAAUCCUCAUUAAUUCUUGCGUUCACGAUUAGUUCGGCGAAUAAUGCUCAUCAAGAUUAUUACAGUCACAAUUUGUUUCAAGUCGUAGUAGUAUCUUGUUGUGUGUGGGAAGAGUUUGGUAUGACCUGUAGCUGCAGCCUUCCAAGUAAGACGAUUAGCCGGAGCUCUGCCAACUGCAGCCUGCGUAGCGGGUUGCUGAGCGACGUUUCAUCGGUUUAUCUGUCCUACGCCUUCUGCAAGAGGUCUUUGAUGAGACAAAACGAUGCAAAGGCGUUCGUAAGAGUUUGGAAAGUCAUGGAGAUGUGCUACAAGAUCUUGGGGGAGGGGAAGAUGGUCAACCAACGGGAGUUGUUCUACAAGCUCCUCUCGGACUCUCCCAAAUAUUUCAGUUGUAUGCGCCAUGUCAACCGAACCAUUCAAGACGUUGUGUCCUUGCUCCGGUGUACAAGGCAGAGCCUAGGAGUCAUGGCAUCAAGCAGAGGGGCACUGAUUGGGCGGCUCAUCGUGCAUGAACCGAAAGAAGAACACAUUGACUGCUCUAUUCUUGGACCUUCCGGGCAUGCAAUUACUGGAGACCUGAACCUGCUGAGCAAAUUAAAUUUGUGUUCAGAUGCUCGGUAUAUUAUUGUAGUGGAGAAGGAUGCCAUAUUUCAGAGGCUGGCUGAAGACCGCUUGUAUAAUCAGCUCCCUUGUAUCCUAGUCACUGCAAAAGGAUAUCCUGAUCUAGCUACGAGGUUUUUCUUGCAUCGACUGAGCCAGACUUUUCCAAAUAUGCCAAUUUUUGCAUUAGUGGAUUGGAACCCAGCAGGGCUUGCUAUAUUGUGCACUUACAAAUAUGGAAGCAUAUCAAUGGGUUUGGAGUCAUACAGAUAUGCUUGCAAUGUGAAAUGGCUUGGCCUAAGAGGGGAUGAUCUGCAGCUUAUCGCCGAGAGCGCAUUGCAAGAGCUGAAGCCACGUGAUUUGCAGAUUGCGAAAAGCUUGCUGUCAUCUAAAUUUCUGCAGGAGAAUCACAGAGCUGAGCUGACACUGAUGGUCGAGCGGGGCAAGCGUGCGGAGAUCGAAGCCCUCUACUGCCACGGAUUCGAUUUCCUGGGGAAGUACAUUGCGAGGAAGAUUGUACAGGGUGAUUACAUUUGACAGUGCAAGGCUGUCAGUUUGUUUCUCUGGUUGUGUUGAGCGCUGGAAUGUUAGCGCGAGCUAAUUGGCUGGUGAAAUCUGGUUUCGUCCAGUGCCUGAGGAUUGGCAGGGUGAUAUGGAAUUAUAUAUACAAGAUUAACUUGUUUUUGUUACUCAUAGUGUGGAAUGAGGAUUGUUGAUCUUA